AUGUCGCUAUUCGAACCGGCCCCCGACCCACCCACCGAGCUGGGACGGGUCCGCGUGCUCGCCGCCAGAGCUGGCGUGCGUGUUUCGCCGCUGCAGCUGGGCGCCAUGUCCAUCGGAGAGGCGUGGAAAGCCGGUAUGGGCAGCAUGAACAAGGAGCAGUCGUUCAAGCUCCUGGACGCCUUUUACGAGGCGGGCGGCAACUUCAUCGACACCGCCAACAACUACCAAGACGAAGAGUCGGAAACGUGGAUUGGCGAGUGGAUGAAGGAGCGCAAGAACCGUGACCACCUCAUCAUCGCGACCAAAUAUACGACACCUUACCGCAGCUAUGAACUGGGUAAGAACAGCCACAGUGUCAACUACUUUGGCAACCAUAAGCGGAGUAUGCAUGUCAGCGUGCGGGAUAGCUUGAAGAAGCUAGGAACCGACUGGAUUGAUCUUUUGUACCUGCAUUGGUGGGACCACUCAUCCAGCAUCCCGGAGAUCAUGGACUCGUUACAUAUACUCGUCGAACAAGGCAAGGUGAUGUACCUUGGCAUCAGCGACACGCCCGCUUGGAUUGUCUCUGCCGCCAACGAGUACGCCAUGGCCCACGGGAAGACCCCUUUCUCCGUCUACCAAGGUCGUUGGAAUUUGAUGAUCCGGGACUUUGAGCGCGACAUCAUCCCCAUGGCACGACACUACGGCAUGGCACUGGCGCCCUGGGACGUUCUGGGAGGCGGCAAGUUUCAAACCAAGAAGGCCAUCGAAGAACGCAAGAAGGCCGGAGAAGGCCUGCGUACCAUGAUGGGAGCAUCUGAGCAGACAGAGCAAGAGCGAAAGAUCAGUGAUGCGCUUGAGGAUGUUGCCAAAGAGCACGGCAUCGAAUCCGUCACGGCAGUGGCACUGGCCUACGUGAUGGCCAAGACCCCUCGCGUCUUCCCCAUUGUUGGCGGUCGCAAAGUCGAGCAUCUCAAAGACAACAUCCAGGCGCUCUCGAUCAAGCUCAGUAACGAGCAGAUUGAGAGGCUCGAGAAGGCGUCCCCCUUCGCUCCAGGAUUUCCUCAGAACUUCGUUGGCGAGGAUCCAGGAAUAGUUGGCACAGCGCAAGGUGGUCCCUUAUUGAAGAAUGCUGCACCACAGGCGUAUGUGCAGAGAGAAAGGGCGAUUGGCCGCGAGUAG